AUGCCGAUGACAUUGACGAUGAAGCAGAGAAAGACGUUCAUUGUACGUAUCAUUCUCUUCAAGUGUCAGGACAUAGCGGCCGCAGAUCUGGACAUGCUUGGUGGCAAGAGCGACCCGUACGUGGUGUUCACGCUUGUUGGACAGCACGUGAACAGAUUGAUGUGA